UCUACGUUAACCCAUUUUGUUUUAAUGCUCCUUUCCCAAUGUUCUGCCGGUAGAAAUAAACAAUGCGAUUAUUAGUCGCUGCUCACCGUAGUAAAAAUAUUAUUACUCUGGUGUAUUUCAUAUUUUUAUUGCGUAUUUCUUACUGUGAUGCCAAACUGCCGCGGUUGGUUAUCCCCACGGUAUUCGCUUAUGACAGUGUGCAGCACCAGAUACCAUGGCAUAUUCGCGGAUUCAUCCUGGGCGUGGAGGAGCUGCGCGCCAGAUUAGCCGGGCGGCUGGAGAUUACCCACAAGAUCAUCUUCGCCAAGAAUGUAUCGCAGUGCGCGGACGUUAUGGCCCGCGUGGUUACCUGGGCGUCGCAGGUGUUUUAUCCGGAAAGGAGUAAAAACAACUCCGUUAUUUUCUGCAGUCCAGGUUGCUUUCAAGAGAUAUUACAGCUGGGAGCCGUUGCACGAGAAUGGAACGCAUUGUUCGUAACCACGCUGGGCAGCAACUACGUGGUGACCCCGACCACCUAUCCGACCAUCGUCUCCAUGUCCUACCGCCAGCAGCGCUCCUUCGCCGAGUUCCUCAUGCGGCUCUUCCACAAGUACGCCUGGCGCACCAGUAUGUGGCUGUGCGACCAGGACCAGACCGUGUCGGCCUUCACCUCCUCCACGUGCUCCAACGCCGGCAAGAUGAUGCAGGAGAACCACGCCUACGUCACCAAUAUGAUCGACUUCAAUUCCCGCAUGAAGUGGGACGCAGGGGAACUGCUGCAGAAGGUGACGACACUGGCCAGAGUGAUUAUUUUAUCUGCCACGGCUGAUAUUGUGAGGAAAUUCAUGUUGGCGGCUGCCAAGCUCGACAUGAUUUCCGGUGAUUAUAUUUUUAUUACCGUACAAGAGCUCUCUGAAUCUUUCCUGGAAUGGCGAUUAAACGAUGCCGAUGACGCGGCGUUAAUCGCGGCGUACCGGGCGUUAUUCGUCGUCACCAUCCAGAAUCCCUUCAACGCCACACAACUAGCCAUCUUUAACGAGCGUCUGGCCGCCGUGGAACAAUCCGAUUACAUACAGGAACUGCUGCGUAACGGCACCAUCCGUCCACAAGAACUGCAUGACGACACGAAACCGUACAAUAUCGUCGGAUACGAGGCAAUCAUCGCGUUAAGCACGGUGCUAUCCGAAGCGGUGGAUGCCGGUGUGUCGCUUAAUGAUGGGAGGAGUUUGGCGCGCAUGUUCUACAACCGUUAUUUUCAAAGCAAUUACUCCACGUUCUAUGUGGAUGCGACGGCGUUACGGGUUUCGCCGAUGAUUGUGCGGGAUUUUGACAUAAACUCCACUUUAUUUAAGACGGUUUUAAUUGGAGAAGUGCAUCCGGAAGGAUACAACUUGGUGCCCCUCAACGGAACCACGAUCGACUGGGGACCGGCGUUUACGCAGUCACCACCCGAUGAACCACGCUGUGGAUUUCUCAACACACGGGCAAUAUGUUUCGAUAACAGUCAAAGCCGAACAGCCACAAUCGCCGGGGCAGCCGCGGGCGUGAGCGUAACCGUGAUUUUAAUCGGUGCCGGCGUGGCGAUCUGGAUUUACGGAAGAAGGAAAGAGCUCGACGACAAGUGGUGGGGGCUGGAUCCGGUGCUCUUGAGCGCGGACGAUGGAAACAGUUACGACUACAUUGAAGAAACGGUAAAAGCGAUAUCUUUUCGUCCAGGGAGGACAUACUUUUACGCCGGAAAUAAAGUGUUUCUCCACAUUGUCCGUGAUCCAAUUCACCACAGCGGGUCAAAGAGUCACUUGACAAUCCUCAACCAAAUGCGAGAACUGAAUAAUCACGCUAAUAUCAACGCCUUUCUCGGAAUCUGGGAGUGUAAUCCGGAAAAGACACUCUUAGUGAGCAAGUGUUGCGAAAAAGGAACGCUAGAAAAUCUCCUGCAGAAUCCCAGCAUCGAUAUCGACUUAUCGAUGCAGAAAUCCCUCAUUUGGGACUUGCUAAAGGGUGUGGCUGCUAUCCAUGCAUCGCGUCUGCUGUUCCACGGAUCGCUAACGGGUCAAAAAUGCUGUAUCGAUAAGCAUUUUGCCUUAAAGAUUUGUGAACUUGGGUAUGAUCGACUGUACGGCAACAUUCAAGCCCUUUCCCGACCGGAGACGACAACCGUUGACGCAGUGUACAGUGCGCCGGAACUGCAGAGUCGGAUGCCGGUUUUCUCGCCCAAAGUCGAUAUCUUCAGUGUUGGUGUGAUUAUGGGGGAAAUACUGCUGCAUCAUGAUCGGAGCCAACAGGAAUCGCUGGGUCUGCACAGUACAACAGAGCUUAUUGGUUUAAUGAUUUCCGGCAAAAUUAAAAGCGCCUUAAAGAUCUCUUUUCCCGGUCAUGACGAUCUGCUACAGACCUGCUGGAAGACGGAUCCGACCAUGCGGCCCACUAUUCAAAAGGUCAUGGCCGCGUAUAAGCACUUAGCCGGUCCGGCGCCCACUAAUCUCGCCAACAUCAUUAUGCACCGUCUGCAGCGGUACAGCGACAACCUGGAAAACGCCGUUGCCGAGCGGAUACACGAUCUGCGCCGGCAACAAACUAUUGUCGAUGAACUGCUGUGCCAAGUGAUGCCUGAAAUGAUUGUCCGCGAGCUCCGAGCCGGACACACCGUGCACCCAGAGUCCUUCGAUCUGGUGACCUUGUGCUUCACAUCCUUUGAUGGAUUUGCUCAAUUUGUCCAAACGGCGCGACCGCAAAACGUCCUGGAAUUCCUGAACGAAAUGGUGGUGACGUUUGAUCGCGCCGUGACGGCGCAUGAUGUGUACAGGGUGGAGAUCACGGGAGACUCCCAUGUUCUUGCCAGCGGAGUGCCUUACCGUAAUGGAACCAGCCAUGCCGCACAAAUCUGUGAUAUUGCUGUGAAGCUCCUGCGUGUGUAUUGGGACGGAGCGAAGAAUGCUAGCGAACUCCGAGUCCGUGCUGGAGCGCAUAGUGGUCCCGUUGUCACCGCUGUUGUUGGUACCAAGCUUCCAAAAUAUUCAUUAGUCGGAGAUACGAUUAACACGGCAUCGCGGAUGAUGUCUUCCGGUGCCGCGUCCAAACUGCAAAUAUCGGAAGCUACACAUAAAGUUCUGCAGAAUUCCAAACACGACGAUUAUGUUUUGGAACAACGUGGUACCACAGAAAUCAAGGGAAAGGGAAGCAUGAUGACGUAUUGGAUAUGCCCAGUGCUGUGACCAGAAAGGAUGACAGGACUUAACAUAAGAUUUCAGAAAUUCUUGCCGGCAGCAUCGGCUUGUCGCUAUACCUUGCUUUGCAUGGUCUCGUUCGCUGUAUUUACAGUAAACUCAAAGUUCUUACGUCAGUUAGGUAGAUCGCUUUUUAUACAAUGCAGAACCGUUAACAAAAACACAAUGACUGAAGCAGUUGUGGAGGCGCGAAAC